AUGGCUGAAGCCGACGACUAUCUCCAGGAGGGGUUCGAUCCGCGCAGCGUCACCAUCCCGCGUUUGCGAUCCAUCCUAGUUACGCACAGCAUUGAUUAUCCAUCCACAGCAAAGAAGACACAGCUCGUCGCUCUGGUGGAGGAGCACGUCAUGCCCCAGGUUCCCAAGAUACGAGCGCAGCGCGCCCGCGCGAAGCGCUCAAGUCUCGGCAUCGUAAAUGCCGGCAGCGCCCAAGAUAACGGCCUAUGGGAUGACGACGAGCUUUCCCCUCCACGGACUGCCUCCCGGCGGUCAAAGUCUCCGCGCAAGAGCUCAGCGCGCAUCAAGGUCGAGGAAGAGGAGCCAGCUACCCCCGUGUUCCGCAGCGAGCCCAAACGCAGCUCUCGCGCAUCACGCUCCGUCAGCAGGCAGCUCUCCCAUGGCCCGGAGGACGAUUCCCACCUCUACGCUGCAUCUGUUUCUUCUCGCCGGUCCAGUCGCCGGACCGUUACACCUCAGAUAAAGCCUGAGCCUGAACCCGAGCCCGAGCCCGAACCUGAGCCCGAAAUUGAGGAGGAGGAGGAGGAGGAGGAGGAGGAGGAAGACUCCGAAGAUUCCGAAGAAGACGACAUCGAAGAAGAAUCAACACAGUACGAAGAAGAGCCGAGCGUUUUUACCGAUGACAAUCCCUUCCAAGGCGGAAGCUCUCCUCCCCCAAUGCAAACGCCCAAUCGCCGACGAACUGUAAGCGUCGAGCCUGUAAAGAGUGCAAAGUCUGCUCGCCGCCGCACAGCUGUUGGUACAGAAUCCACUCGUACUACUAGGCGCUUCGACAUGACAACCCCCCCUCGCCGUUACAGGACGCCGGACCAUUUACUGGAGCCGGGCGAGGAGUUUACUCCAGAUGAGCAGCUUGAGCUCGAGGAAGACGCCGCCGCCGGCGACGUGGCAGCUCCACGCCGAAACGCCGUUGUCAAACACAAACGACAGGGUAAUGUCAAGACGCCCUUCUUUGUGCUCUUGAUGGCUCUGUUUGGUGCCUACCUUGCCUGGUUUCGGCAGGAGAAAAUGGCUGUAGGGUACUGUGGCCUUGGUCGGCCUGCGAGGCAGGUCAUUCCGCCAGAGAUUCCUGUCCCGGAUGCCCUGGUGCCCUUCAUUGAACCCGAGUGUGAGACGUGCCCCCAGCACGCCUUUUGCUACGAGGAUUUUACCGUCCGCUGCCAGGAUGACUUCAUCCUGAAGCCCCACCCUCUUGCCCUUGGCGGCCUUAUCCCUCUGCCGCCCACUUGCGAGCCUGACAGCGAGAAAGCCCGGCGGGUACAGGCAGUUGCCGACAAGGCUAUUGAAGAACUCAGAGAUCGCCGCGCAAAGUAUGAAUGCGGAGAGCUGACAAACGAAGCUGGCGAGCAGGAAGACUCUCCCACCAUUGCCGAGGAGGAGCUCAAGGCUACUGUCAGUCAAAAGCGCAACAAGCGUAUGAAUAGUCAAGAGUUUGAUGAGCUCUGGGAGGCUGCUAUUGGUGAGAUUACUGGCCGAGAGGAAGUCGAGGUCCAGACGACGACAUCGCCCGGUUCCGGAGGUGUUCAAAGCCGACUCUCGUCCACCUCUCUCGCUCGCCUUCCGUUCCGCUGUGCGAUCAAACGAUCCAUCCGCAGCGGAUUGGCGAGAUAUAGACUCCCAAUUGGACUUUUGAGUAUGCUUGUUCUUGGCGUAUUGUAUCUCAAAGCUAGGUAUCGCAAGCACCUCGCCACGGCUGCCCAGAUUCCGGCGCUUGUCGACACCGUGCUGGGCAGACUCGCAAACCAGAAGGAGCUCGGUGAUGAGGAUCUGGACGAGCCAUACCUGUUUCUACCAAACCUGCGAGACGACGUCCUCCGCUCUGUACACUCGCUGGCCGAGAGAGACCGCAUAUGGCAGCGCGUGCGAGUCGUGGUGGAGCAGAACAGCAACGUCCGCACAAGCCAGAGAGAGGGUCGCAGCGGUGAGGUCGGCCGCGCAUGGGAAUGGAUUGGUCCCAGCAAGGGUGAGGGUGCGAGACGGCGACGCAGCGGGCGGGUGUCUUGGGCACCGUCAGACAUGGGCGCAGAGACGCCCGAGUCAAAAUCUGACAUUGAAGUCAAAAAAUGGGAAGAGCCAAGGCCAAUCUACUAA